CAGACAGCAACGAGCAAGUCGAUGUUGUUCUCCUAACCUAAAUUUAUUUACUUCUUUUCUUGAUGUUACAUGUUAUGAAUGUUAAAUGAAAACAUUGGUGAUAUAAGAAUUAGAUUUAAGAUUUAGGAAUAAAGAAAUAGGCAUUUUAGGGUGAAAUGGGGACUGCUAAUAAAAUUUUCAAUAUUUGUAAAUUGUUCGGCAACUUAACAGUACAGGGAAGUGUAAAAACUGUACCAUUGAAACCAUUUUCCAUUGUUACUAGGAGUAUAUCCACAUCUCCUCCUUUGAAAGAUUUAAUGGAAUUUUUCGAUCAAAAAGACAAAUGGGGCGGCAUUGAAGUUAAAACUGGAAGAGCAUGGAACAAAGAAGAAAUGCGCUUAAAAUCAAACACUGACUUGCAUAAACUUUGGUAUAUUUUGUUGAAGGAGAGGAACAUGUUACUAACAAUGGAACAGGAUGCCAAAGAUCAAGUUCGAUUAUUUCCUAAUCCUGAACGGUUAGAUAAAGUGGAAAUAUCAAUGGAGAAUCUGGAAGCUGUAGUGAGAGAAAGGAAUAAGGCUUAUCACCAAUUGGAAACUGGAGAAACUGGAGAAAGGCCUGGCAAAGUAACCAAAAAUGCUUUCGGACUCAAUUAUUAUUAUAAAAUGUCUGAAUACCCAUUACCAAAGCACAUGAAUAAAAAAUGGCAGCAGAAAUAUCGAUUUUUCAAGCAUGAUAAGGAUAAUGAAGCAUUUUUGCUUAAAUAUAGGGAAAAACUAUAUUUGAAUAAAAAAAGACAAAAGGCGAGAAAUUUCAACCAUGUGAUUGGUUUACUCAACCGUUUCCCCAACAUGGACAUAGCAGCCUUAAAACAACAAUAUCCUGAUGUGGACUUGGAAAAAGCAAAACGUAGUCGCAAAUAUGGUGGACAUUUUGUACCUAAAUAAAAACUUGUUGGUAAUAAUUAAAAUUUUUAUUAAUUGAAAAGAGUCUUAUUGUUUUAAAAUCUUAGUCAAAUGAUUGAAUCAUGAAAAAAUUAACUUAAAUUACAUAUUAUAUUAUCUAAAGACUGGUAAACAUUAUUUACUAACAGAGAGAUUGAAAAAAGUUCAAUAUUUAAAAACAAUAUAUACAAAAUAAAUGGCUAUUAAAUCUAUAUCCUGUUCACAAUCCGAUGUCCACAGGUGCAGGUAAAUUUAUCACCUUUCCCUAUCAAAUAGCAUUGAAAGGUGAUUUUACCUGUACCUACCUGUGGACAUCGGAUUGUGAACGGAUAAUACUUAUAUUUGUUCUAUUAUACCUAUAUAAUAUAAAAAGUCAACUAAUUUUGGACGUAAUCAAAAUUCACAAAGUACUUAUCACAGAGUAUAAUAAAAAACAUAUUGAGUAAAAUUAUACUUAAUUAAUUCUAAAAACGCAAAUGGGCUCUUUUACUAAAAUUGAAAUACUUGCAUGUUUUAUUAAGAGAGUUUUCUUUUUUAUUUAUUUUCUGAAAAAGGACGUUUUCCAAAAGUAAGGGUGCAGAAAAUUCUAUUUUUGGUUGCUUAUUCCAAAAACUAGUAAAAGGGCCUAUUAUUAUUAUUCAGUUCGAUGACAUUAUUAUUUUUAUUAAUAUUAUGAAAGAAGAAACACUAUUUUUCUGUGGUGUAGAAGUCGGGAUAUAAAAUAUUUAAUCUUUAAUCGGAUAUUUACAGUACAUAAAUUUGUGUCUCAUAGAAUUAUGAUGUUAAUAUAUUGUUUGUGAAAAUUAAUUUUUUAGUUAAUAGUAAUAAAUACAUAUAACACACUUAUUUAAAAGUCUAGAAAGUUAACCUGACUCUAACUGAAGAGUAUUUAAAAAUAAAUCUCGAUCAUGAUUUUCUUUGCAAAUCGUUUCGUUAAGUUUCAACUAAUAAUUAACAGUUUUUAUCACAUAUGAAUUGUCGCAGCAGUGUACCUGGCUUCACCACGUCUCCAUCUCCAUUGACUGGGUCGAU